CAGCCUGGAGCGCAGCCUGGCACUGUGCCUUCUGCCUCUCUGGGGCCGGGCCAGGCGCUGCUAGAAAUAGCAGGAGCCGGGUGCCGAGUCGCGGAUUUUCUUCGCGUGUAAUUGGGCUCGUCGCCCGGCCGCGGGACCGGCUAGGAGGUAUAGGGAGUUUGGGGGAUCGGAGGUUGAGAGGAUCAGGGAUACGGAGGCGCUCCUCACCUGGUUACUGUGUUCCACCUGGAGAAGUUUGCUUCGUCCAGAGCCUUACCCUGCUGCUGGGAACAGCUGCUGUCCGGGAUCGUGUCUAGGGAAGCAUUCAGCCCGGGCUCUGGUCCCUCCAGGGAGGACGGCGGCCCGGGCAGAGCAUCGAGUACAGAUUCCAGGUGAAAAUGGUCCAGAAAUAUCAGUCUCCAGUUCGAGUCUACAAAUAUCCCUUUGAGCUGGUCAUGGCGGCCUAUGAAAAACGUUUUCCAACAUGCCCCCAGAUACCUGUCUUCUUGGGCAGUGAGAUCAUUUAUGAAUCCAAGAGCCAGGACGGAUCCAUUCACGUUGUGGAACGCAGUUGCAAACUGACUGUAGAUGCACCACGGUUAUUAAAGAAGAUUGCUGGGGUCGAGUAUGUUGUCUUUGUGCAGAAAAAUGUUUUAAAUUGGAAGGAUCGAACUCUUCUUAUCGAGGCCCACAAUGAGACGUUUGCCAAUCGCGUCAUUGUUCAUGAGAACUGCAGCUACACGGUUCACCCUGAGAAUGAUGAGUGGACCUGCUUUGAGCAAUCAGCCUCUCUUGACAUCAAAUCGUUCUUUGGCUUUGAAAAUGCCGUGGAGAAAAUUGCAAUGAAGCAGUACACGGCCAACAUCAAGAGGGGGAAGGAAGUGAUUGAGUAUUAUCUGAACGAGCUCAUUUCUCAGGGCAUCUCUCAUAUCCCUCGAUGGACACCUUCCCCUGUCAGAGAAGAAGAUCAGAGGAGCCUGGCAGCUGACAAGUUGGACACAGACUACAUUGAGCGAUAUUUGGGGCAGCUCACCCCCAUGCAGGAGAGCUGCUUGAUCAGACUCCGCCAGUGGUUACAGGAAACACAUAAAGGAAAGAUUCCCAAAGAUGAGCACAUUCUUCGAUUCCUGAGGGCUCGAGACUUUCACUUUGAAAAGGCCCGGGAGAUGCUGUGCCAGUCCUUGAACUGGCGAAAGCAGCACCAAGUGGACUAUAUCCUUCAGACGUGGAGACCCCCACCCCUCCUGGAGGAGUUCUAUGCAGGCGGCUGGCACUACCAGGAUAGAGAUGGCCGCCCUCUCUACAUUCUGCGUCUUGGUCAGAUGGAUACAAAGGGCUUGAUGAAGGCGGUGGGGGAGGAGGCACUCCUUCGCCAUAUUCUUUCAGUUAAUGAAGAGGGACAGAAGAGAUGUGAAGAGCACACAAAUCAGCUUGGCCGACCCAUUAGUUCUUGGACAUGCCUUGUGGAUCUGGAAGGACUGAAUAUGCGGCAUCUCUGGCGACCUGGGGUAAAGGCCCUGUUGCGGAUGAUUGAAGUGGUUGAGGACAAUUAUCCAGAGACAUUGGGGCGGCUGCUCAUUGUACGUGCCCCGCGUGUUUUCCCUGUAUUGUGGACAUUGGUGAGCCCCUUUAUCAAUGAGAACACCAGGCAGAAAUUCCUCAUCUACAGUGGCAGCAACUACCAGGGCCCUGGAGGACUUGUAGACUAUCUGAAUAAAGAUGUGAUUCCUGACUUCCUAGGAGGAGAAUGUUUGUGCAAUGUCCCUGAAGGGGGCAUCAUCCCAAAGGCCCUCUAUCAGAUUGAAGAGGAUCAAGAGAAUGCUGAUAGGGUCCAACUGUGGACUGAAACUGUCUACCAGUCUGCAAGUGUGCUUCAAGGGGCCCCCCAUGAGAUAGCUGUGGAGAUUCUGGAGGUUGAGUCAGUGAUCACCUGGGACUUUGACAUCCUGAGGGGAGAUGUGGUAUUCAACCUCUUUCACUCCAAGCAAGCACCUGAACCAAGACUCAGGGAGCCCAGGGCUGGGAGCAGUAUGCAGCUCAUUGACCCAGGCUGGGUCCUGGGAGUGGAUUACAGCCGUGUGGAGUCUCCCCUGGUCUGCCGGGAAGGCGAGAGCAUUCAGGAACUGCAUUUCGGGGCAUGGAACAUGAGGACUUCCAGACUAAUUCAAAACCUGGAGAAGAGGGGGAACUGUCUGUCCUUCCUAGAGCAUCUUUUCUCCCACCUGUCCUUCAGAGGGCCGGAAUGCCCAGUGACUCCUGGGCCUCUGACGAUGAGUACCUGUUGGCUCUUCUCUUUCCUUCUCAGGUAUAUGAGCAAUAAGUCAUGUCAAAGGGCUAAAGAAAAGCAGAUAUCUUUUCCUGAAAUACUUAAGGUACAUUUUUGUACUUCAGAGCCUACUUCUCUUGGAGAGCUGCUCUGUGUGUGUGUGUGUGUGUGUGUGUGUGUUUGUGUAUUUGUAUGUAUGUGGGAUUGGAGGGAAAAGGUUCUUAAAACUUUUUAAUCCCCAGAUUUAUUUAUUAUUGAUAAUGAACUGCAUGUUGUAAAAUAAAUCUGAAUGUAUUUAUUUCUAUUUUGACUAAAAACUAUUAAGUUAUGAACAUACCUAUCUUUUGGAAUAAAUUGACUUUUUAAAAAAAUUCACACAAUUCUGAAAAUCUAAUGUAACACUCAGGAGGAUUAGGUCUCUGCUUCCAGCUCCGUUCUUCUGGAGGAACAAAAGGACAACUUAGAGCUUGCUCCUUCUCUUAAGACACAUUCCCUUGCUCCUUCAUGGCUUGUGAGACCAGAGAUGGUCUGAUCCAUCUCUGCCAAGCCCUGCAUGAGGUACUGUGUAAUGAUGGAGUAAAAGGGGAGAGUAUUUGAUUCUCUUGCAAUAUCAGGGACAGUCUUAAUGUGAAAGUUGAAUGACCUAAUUAGAUGAAGAUUCUUGAGUGUGAAUGAAUGAAUAAAAUCCUUCUUUAAAUGGGAUUGUAAAUACUUUGUGACAAGGGAGGAAGAGGGGAAGGAGGGAAGGAGAAUGCAUUUUUGAAAUUAGGACCCAAAGACUCUUUGGCUCUGUACUCCAGAGAAGUAUGUUUGGCACAGAGAAUUCAGGCUACCUCUACUUUGUUCCUCUUCUUGGUGAUGGCCACUGGGAGUUAUGAAGGUGGGAGGGCCUGGAUGAUGCAGCUGGCAUUUCCCAUCCAUACCAGGGGCUCUCCAAGGCUAAUACCCACAUCUUGAUCACAACCAAUAGGGCACAUCCUUUUACUGUUGGGAAACUACAAUAUCAAAGCUCAGGGGCUGCUUAGAUAAAAGAAUCUCAGGCUUCUGCUUUCCAAGAUUACCCUUGCCCUGAGGCCCUGGGUGGGGGGAGGGGGCUGGGAACAGUCCUUGGGUUGAACUUUUUUUUGGGAGGGGGGCGCCAUCUUGUUCUUUGGCCCAGUGGAAUCAGGGCUAAAGACACUAAAGAAGUCUGUUCGUUCAUAAGAGUACUUUGUAUUUCUAACACUUUGCACUUCUAAUGCUUUUCAUCCAAAGAUUAGAUGGCAUUCUUUCAGUGCACUCACCACUUUGUUCCCAGGGCAGAGGUGCGCUGAGACAAAGAGCACCAGAGCCCGAGUCCAGAGAAAACCAGGAACUAGGAUAAUGUUUUCCCUGAGAUUUUUAAUUAUGAGAAAUACUGUAAUAGCUUCGCCAGUCAUCUCAUUCCUCCCUCCUUCCGUUUCUCCUUUAGAUGUCUUUAAUCCCCUCUCCUUUUUCCUAUCCAGCAGGAAAACCAAUCAAGACACUUUUUCUUCCUCCAGUUAAGAGAACAUUCCUCCUGUAAACCACUCACAGAUUGGAAGUGGGCAAAUAAAGUGGGACAAGAGUUACCUUUACUAGUGUUUUUUCCUAAUUUUUUCCCUUGAUUUCUUGAGUCUGUGUUCCUUUCUAGAGCCAGAUAUCAUUGCUUCUAGAGUCUUAACCUAGAGGUAUAGCUGUGAGGGGGCAAAGUCCUAAGUGCAUAAAUCUAAACCAUGUUGGGGAUCCCUAGUCUCAGAGCAGUUUCUGCUUGUUUUAGGGAAAGCCCAAAGGAGACAGAUCUCUUCUUGGCACGUAGAUAGGUGCCUGACUACAUGUUUCUUUAUUGUCCCAGAGUAAUAAGAUUAUAGUUAGGGGUCAGAGACUUACUCUUUGGCAACCAACAAAAGGAUUCCUUUCCACUGGGCUGUGACAGCACAGGUAAAGUACAGAAUUUAUAGCUUAACUAUCCUUUUGCUUUACAGUAAUCAGGGAUUCACUUCCCAUUUACUAUGAAGCUAGGGUAGAAAAGUUCUAUUACCAGUCUGAAAGCCACAACCAUGCUCUGCUAGUUCUAAUUACUGUGCUAAAAUACAAUAUGUGCUUAACUUGAUUGAAACUAUUUUCUCAAUUUCUUUUUGUCUUUGGAUGGGUGACUAGCUUGGAAGGAACAGUGUGACCUCAGGGACAUCACAUAUUCUCCUGAGGCCUCAGGUCACUCUUCUGAAAAAUGAAGGGGUUAGAUUAGAUGAUCUCGGGAUUUUUAAAAAAUUGGCUCUAAAUCAUGAGACAAAAAGACUUUCCUCUUGAAAGGUGGUCCUGUCUCAGGAAAGUUAAAGGACAGAGGUUUGUUUUUAUUUGGUGGGGGGCAGUGAGGGCCAAGAACAGAGGUUCAGUGACCCAAGAGCAUUUGAUGUUUGGCUGUCUAACAAACUCUAAUUUGUUAGACUCUUAAAUAUGUUGAUGUCUGCUGUAAGAGCCCUACCUACUUCUUGGAAUCUUCAUGUUCCUGGUUAAAUCACAUGGGCUUUCUGUGUGUGAAGGCAGAGCUAGCUACCUUGUGUUUUCUUGAAACUAAGGAAGAACCCUCCAGGGUUGUUGGCUCUUCCUUCUGUGGCUGGUUUGAGCACAAGUGUUUUGGGCCCUCUGUUCUUCAUCAGCUUCCAUGGAUGCCAAGUGGGGUGGUAUCGCAAUGUUGUCACCUUGCUUUUUGGAAGUUUUAGCUAUGACAGGCAGAAGUGGAAAAGGAAGAGAUAGAUGUCACAGUCUACUGUGUAGCGGUCAGAGUUGAUGACUUUUUUUUUUUUUUAGUGAGGCAAUUGGGGUUAAGUGACUUGCCCAGGGUCACACAGCUAGUAAGUGUCAAGUGUCUGAGGCCGGAUUUGAACUCAGGUACUCCUGACUCCAGGGCCGGUGCUCUAUCCACUGUGCCACCUAGCUGCCCCAGAGUAGAUGACUUUUAAGGAAACUCAUUCAACAAAUGCUUAUUAAGUACCUCCCACGUGCUGGGUACCACACUAGGCACUGGGGAUACAAAGACAAAAACUAUAGUCCCUACCCUCAAAAAGCUUACAUUCAAAUGGGAGAAAGAGGAGAGAGGAAGACAUUAUAAAGAAAAGAAAAUACAAAAUAAAAAUGAGUAAUUUUUUGGCAGGGGAGGACAUGAACAAUUGAGGGGAUCAGGACUGAUCUUGUGUAGGAGGUAGCACUUUAACUUAGCCUUGAAGGAAGUGAGUGAUUCUGCAAAGCAGAGAGGAGGAAGAGGGAUUGUAUUCCAGGAAUGAGGACAGACAACCUUUGCAAAACCACGGAGACAAAAGGGGUUCUUUCCAAGAUUCCAGGGUUUUAUGAAUAAUGUUGUAAUAAAGUUGUAAAUGUUUAUGCGACUAGUAAUAUAUGCACUGCAAACAGAAUUGUCCAAUUACUUUAUGCUUUGAGUUAUAAAUUUGGGCAUGAUAAAACUCCACAAAUGUGUUUUAGGGCUUAUCCUACAUGUGGUCAGCAGGAUAGAGGACAACCCUCACACCUUCAGAACUGAGAUUCCACAGGAACAAAACCAUUACUGACUAGUACUCUCCCAUAUGUAGACUUUGCUUAAUAAUUAUAGUCGAUCCUUCUUUUUUCCUGGAAAGGUUUCAGAGUUCUCUAGGACUCUUUUUCUCCACCCUUAUCCCAUUAUUCUGAAUCUGAACUCUGCAAAUGAAUGAAUCUAAAAUGUACCAAUAUACUAAGAUAUUCUACUGGGGUACAGAGAGGAAUUAUGAUGUCAUUGGUUUUUUUUUUUAAACAAAUCAGGUAGGUUUCUGGUGGGCAGGUGACUGUCAGAUUGUGUGCCAGACAUAAGUUCUGAGGGCUUGAGAGUGUAUCCUUGAUCCAUCAGAGUACAUAGGUAUGAUAUGCCCAGGACUGAAUUUUCAGUGCUGGGAGAGUAUUCUUCAGCCUACCAGAAUGAGUUGAGUGUGAUGAUCACCAAAGAUGGCUGUUAGUUAAGAAAGGAAAUGUUGAAGUCCCACCCAGUUUUGCUUGGGAUAUUGCACUGUCUGCUUUGCAUGUGGUGUCUUCUAAGAUCUUGGAAUGUUGAUCCUAAUAUUGUACCUGUACCCAAGUUUAGAGAAUAAAAGAAUAUUUUCUGAGUAUAAAGGCCUGGCAUCAUUAUUACAUAUCUAACCAAUCCCCCUUCCCCUACUAUUCAUUGUAAAAUGUUUUGGGGUAGCCCAGUGGAUCAGAUAUAUUGAGUAAUAUAAAACAAAAUGUUUUAUAUAUAAAAAAAUGUUCAUUAUGACCUGACCACCUGAUAUCCGGAGAUACUACAUCGAAAAGGUGAAUGUUUACAUUUCCAUAAGAAUUGAUUAAAAUUUUAAGCACUG